CCGACAAUUCCCAAUUUUUAUUUAUUGUACAUCACGCCCCUACCCUUCUUUACUUGUUCUUCUUUUUUUUUCUUUUUUUUCCUAAUUUCUCGAAAAAAAACCCCAAGCUUUAGGGUUUCUUCUUCUCCUCCAAUUCCAAGCCCCGGAUUUUCCAGUCUGUUAAGAAGCAAUUUGGAAUGGUGCGGGGGAAGCUGAUCUUGAUUUGCCAGCAUGGUGGUGAAUUUGAGACAAAAGAUGAUGGAUCCAUGUUAUAUGCUGGAGGAGAGGCACAUGCCUUGGACAUCAGCCCUGAGACAGGAUUCGAUGAUCUCAAGUACAAAUUAGCUGAGAAAUGUAACUUGGAACUAAAAUCUUUGGCUAUCAAGUAUUUUCUCCCCGGAAACAGGAGAACACUAAUUACUUUGUCUAAUGAGAAAGACCUAAAAAGGAUGUGUGAUUUUCACAAGGACUCGGUGACUGCAGAUGUUUUCCUUACAGGGAAAGCAGGCUUUGUUCCUGCAAAUCAUGGCAUGCCUGCUAAGAGGAAAAAGAAAGCCACUGCUGCACGUCCUGCUACUUCCAAAGUUGCUCCCUCUGCUGGCGGCCUGAAGGAUGUUACCAUCAGUAUAGCAACCCCUUCUGACUCUGUUGCAGGUGUCAAUGCAGCACUCCGAAGUCCCUCUAGAGCAGCAAAGCGUACUGCUGGCCGUAACAUUGUUGAUGGUCUUUUUGAGGUCAGUGUUGCUGAUGCAACUGACACAGAUACAAUUGAUAUGAGUGCUUCUCCUGCUGAUACUGUCAAGAAACGAAGGCGCACUGCCUCCUGGAAACGUGCUGCAAAUGGUCUUACCAUUGUGACUGUUGAUGACAAUCUUGAGGAGACAGAGAAAACUCCACCCAGGAAAAAGGUAGCUAGGAAAUUCAAUCCCAUUGUUGUAGCUAAUAAUGGGGACCACCAGCUUGGCCCUGUUGAUGGUUCAGUGGAGAAACAAGUUGAAUCAUGGAAAAAUGGUAUUACUGAAGGCCAGGAUUUCAGAAGUGUGGCGGAAUUCCGUGAUGCUCUACAGAAAUAUGCCAUUGCACAUCGCUUUGGUUAUAAAUUAAGAAAGAAUGACACCAAUCGUGCUAAUGCUGUAUGUGCAGUAGAAGGAUGUCCUUGGAGGAUUCAUGCAUCUUGGGUCCCAUCUGCCAGUGUGUUUAGGGUUAAAAUGUUACAUGAACCACAUACUUGCGGUGGCGAAUCAUGGAAGAUUGCUACUCCAGCUAAAAAUUGGCUGGUGAAUGUUAUAAAGGAUAGGUUGAGAGAUAGCCCACACCACAAACCAAAAGAAAUUGCAACUGGCCUUCUUCGUGAUUUUGGGCUUGAGCUGAACUAUGCGCAAGUAUGGCGUGGAAUUGAAGAUGCUCGGCAGCAACUUCAGGGUUCAUACAAAGAUGCAUAUAACCAGUUGCCUUGGUACUGUGAGAAGAUAGAGAAGACAAACCCUGGUAGUUUUACGAAGCUUGUCAUCGGAGAUGAUAAAAGAUUUCAGCGUCUUUUUCUGUCCUUUAAUGCUUUGAUACGUGGUUUCCAAAGUGGUUGUCGUCCACUUCUUUUCCUCGAAGCCAUCCCUUUGAAAUCAAAAUACCAUGAAAUUCUGCUUACAGCGACUGCACUGGAUGGUGAUGAUGGUAUUUUCCCUGUUGCAUUUGCUGUUGUAGAUGAUGAAAAUGAGGACAGUUGGCAUUGGUUUUUGGAGCAGUUGAGAUCUGCUGUGUCGACUUCCCGUUCUCUAACCUUUGUCUCUGAUAGAGAUAAGGGAUUAAUGAAACAUGUACUUGAAAUAUUUGAAAAUGCUCACCACGGUUACUCAAUAUACUACUUGAUGGACAGUUUCAUACAGAACUUGAAGGGACCAUUCUUUGGAGAAGGAAGGGCUUCAUUGCCUGGAUGUUUCUUAGCUGCAGCGAAAGCAGUCCGACCUGGUGGUUUUAGGAUGUACACUGAGCAAAUUAAACGGGUUUCUUCAAGUGCUUAUGAUUGGAUCAUGCAAAAUGAGCCUGAAUAUUGGGCAAAUGCCUUUUUCAAGGGUGAGCAUUUUAAUCACAUAACACUCAACAUUGCAGAGGCAUAUGCUAACUGGAUAGAGGAAGCACGAGACCUACCCAUCAUACCUAAGGUUGAAGUAAUAAGAUGUAAAAUCAUGGAAUUAAUGGAACUUCGUCGAACGGAAUCGAGUAACUGGACUAUGAAGCUUACACCGUCAAAGCAGGAAAAGUUACAAGAAGAAUGUGUUAAAGCACGUGGUCUGAAAGUAUUAUUCUCAUCCGACACCCUGUUUGAAGUUCAUGAUAGCUCCAUCAAUGUUGUGGAUAUUGUCAAACAACACUGCAGUUGUGCUAUGUGGAAACCAACUGGGCUUCCUUGCCAUCAUGCAGUUGCUGUCUUUAACUGCACAGGUAGGAGUGUGUAUGAUUAUUGUUCAAAAUACUACACAGCUGAAAGCUUCCGGUUAGCAUUUGCUGAGAGCAUAAAUCCUGCUUCGACCAUUGCUCACCCUUGUGGAAAUGAAGAAGAUUCCGAGGAAGAUGAGGAUCAGAUAAUGCCUCCAAGCAUCUCACGACCAGUAGCAGCUCAACAACCAAAGAAAAUAAGACGAAACAAAAGCCAGGGAAUUAUUAGGAGAUCUGUGUGUUGUACCCGGUGCAAAGGAGUUGGGCAUAACAAGGUUUCAUGCAAGGUAAGCUUAUAGGGAAAAUGUUUACCUCCCCUUGUAUGUAUGUAUAACGCUGUACAGCUUUCAUGGUUACUUUAGAUAAUAUCCAGCUCCUUUGAACUCAUUUGCAGGCCAUGAAUAGUUGUAUUGUUCUUCAAAGUUGCAUUUUAUGUAUUAGGCUAAAUUACUUGGACUUUGUUGCAAACUUAAUCUUAUCAUCCCGUUAUGUUAUGGUGGCAAAUAGGUAGGUUGAAUUCCAUUUGGAUUGA